CGGCUCCAGUGACAGUGUGGUGGAGUGUAUGGUGCCAUGCAGGCCGUCAGUGUGUGAGGGUUUUCCCAGUAAAGCUGCCAUCGCUGCUCUAAAAUGAUCUUGCUGCCUGGUCUGCUUUUUAUUCUCUGGGGAGAAGCGGCUCAGUGUCGGGGGCAGGAUGGAAGCUUCACUUUCAAUGGAGAUAUCCACCACUACGCCGUGGCCACCAACACGGUUUACGUGGCUACAAAGGAUAGGCUGUACCAGCUGAGCCACGACCUGACCCUGAUCCAGAAUGUGCCCCAGAGAGGAGUUCUGAAGGGCGGGGUCCUGCGGCCGGACGAGGUGCAGUUUCAGCGGGUUUCUGAGACGGCUUGGUCGAACGCAACUUUCAGGAUCAACGUGUUGUUGCCAUUGGUUGAGAGCGAUACUCUGAUCAGCUGCGGGGUGAUCGAAGAAGAGUGUGGCCACUGCGAGAUUCUGAAGCUGAUGGACAUCUCCAGCCUCCAGUACAGUGAGAGCGUCCAGCUGGGAUCACCGAAUCGCAGCAGCGCGUCCGUCGCAGUCUUGGUGAAGGUGGAGAAGAAUCCAACCAAGAACGACACGUACAUUCUGACCGCGAUACAGCAAGGUCAGGACCAGAAGGAGAAGCCCAGCUGCACAUCUGGCUUACACACUGUCCAGCUCCAGAACGCGGAGAAGAACCAGAAGAGAGGCAUAUUUUCUCUCAGUGGCGAACAAGGCACGCCAUCGAUCGAAAGCACGGGCGAAGUGGAGUUUGUGGAUGGAUUUCAGAUCAGUUCCACCAUGUAUCUGCUCUCCAACGUGCGCUCUGGCGAUAAAAGCAACAGAAUCCGUCUGAUUUGGCUCAAGGGUAAAGGCAGCAAGUCUGAUACUCUCAAGUCGCUGCGAGGUGCGACUCUCAGGGUCUCUGAAGCCGAAGGUCACAGACUCGUGGCCUCCUCGGUGAUCCCGGGGGCGCAGCCGGUGCUGUGGAGCGGAGUGUUCAGUGCGGACGUGGGACGGACCAACACCGAGCUGCUUGUGUUUGACAUCAGCCCUGAUCUCACCGGAGACCAAAUACCAGAUCCAGACUUCUACAGCGGCGGUGACAAGGGGUCAAGUGCCCCAGAGCCGAAGACACUGAGGCCGAAAGCCGUGCUCUUCAGGCAGAGCAACAUGACCUCUGUGCUGGCAGUGAGGCACAAUACCUGGGUGGUUUUCUUCAUCGGGACUGGAGAUGGGCAGCUCAUUAAGCUCGCUGUGGAUAAGGACUAUCACACCUCCUGUCCCAUGGUGCUCUACAGAGCUGAUGACGAUCGCCAAGUGUUUCCCAAGAUUCAUCUGGAUCCAGUGGAUCGUAACCAUGUGUACGUGCCAGUAAGAAACCAGAUGAAGCGUGUUCCUGUAUCAAAAUGCAGCACGUACAGAGAUGUGAGGGAGUGUUGGUCUGCACAGGAUCCAUAUUGUGUCUGGUGUGGCUCAGGAAAAAGUUGCAUGUUUGAAGACGACUGUGUAAAUUCAGACUGGUUGUCCAUUCCUGAGGAUUAUCAAGAGAAAAUGGUUUCCCACAGAGUUACUAAGGAGACAACUGACCAGAUCACACUGAACGUCCAGACUCACCUGACCGCAGGCCAGACGGCACGGUCUAACUUCGCCUGUGAGUUUUCUGCAGGGUCCAGUGCACUUCACUGCACCAGUGGCCCUCCUCCGCUGUUCCCACAAUGCACCUGCAUCCUCCCUAAUGGCACACUUCCCGCAGAAGUCUUGGUAAAAAUUAGAAUUGGGACGAUGCAGUUAUCGGAACGACUGACGCUGACCAACUGCUCUGACAUCAGGGGUCCGCCAAGCUCUGUCCUGUGUCGGCAGUGUAUUGAGGCCGGAUGCGGCUGGAGCAAAAACAAGUGUUCCUGGGCUAAUGAAGGAGACAGAAAUGACAGUGUUUGCAAAAGGAUGGUGUCAGGAAUAAAGUUUUCUACGCCAGAGAUCUCCUCCAUCGCUCCCAGCGUUGUGUCUUUCUACGGCAGAAACCACGCGGUGUUAUACGGUCGUAACCUCAGUGACGUGACCAGAGUGAGGAUGCAGGCGCACACAGACUGCACGCCACAAGAAUCUCCUGUUUGGAACAACACAGGCAUGAAUCUGACGUUCCACAUUCCCAGUGCGGAUAGUAAAGGUGUGGUCAAAGUCUGUGCCCUCCUCCCAGACGGUAGUUGCCACGGCAGCAGCACCAUCACCUACCAGUCAUCCCCAUCCUGCUCCGACAUUGUACCAAGCAGCACCUGGCUCAGUGGGAAGAGGAAGUUGACGAUCAUAGGCUCUCAUCUGGACUUUGUGGAAGGGGUCACGCAGAGCCACGCCCCGCAGGAAGUCCGACUUCCUGAAAACAGGACCUAUCAGAAUCUCACCUUUGAAACAGUUGCAGCUGUAAAUGCACAGGGGCCUUUUCCCAGCACUGUGUUUCUGAAAGUAGCCAAUAAAACGUUACCCUGCACCCCAAACAUCACCGUCUACCCAGAGCCCAAGUUUCUCAGCUUCAAAUUCAUCCGUGUCGGGGGCGACGUGCGCAUCACCAUAGAGAAAAAGGCAGACAAACUGGAGAUGAAGACAGCAGAGUUGUCAGUAUGGGGCGUUCUGGGAGGACAUCCUUACCCCUGCAUCAUGACGGCCAAAGAAAGUCACAAUGAGACUGACACGUUUGCCUGUGAAAUUCAAAACACACUGGAUGUUGAAUUUCAGCAGUUAAUGAUAAAGUAUGGGGACGAGACGGUAAUACUCCGCCUUAAAUCAUCGUUUCUAUUCAUGGGUGCUGCUUGUUCUGCUGCCGAUGCCCUGCUGAUAGUAGUACAAAAGUCGGCGGUGGUGCUAGUUUACCGAAGCAAACAAAAGAAGCUCACUGCUAACAUGAACAGACUCAUGGAAAACCUGGAGCUGGACAUCAGGAACGAUAUCAGACAAGGUUUUGUGGAUCUGCAGACAGAGAAAACUGACCUGAUGGAAAACGUUGGAGCGAUUCCUUUCCUGGACUACAAGCACUUUGCCUCCAGAAUCUUUUUUCCUGAGAGAGAGACUCUGAUGAAGUUGUGCAUCAAAGACAUUGGUCAGGACGCAGUGAAGGUUCAGCUUGACGAGUGUUGCCACGUCUUGUCCCAGCUGAUCCACAAUCGGCUCUUCCUCACGUCUAUGGUUCACGCCCUGGAGGAGCAGAAGAGCUUCACCAUCAAGGACAAGUGUUCGCUGGCGUCUCUACUAACAGUAGCGCUCCACGGCGACUUGUUGUACCUGACGGAGGUGAUGGAGGUUCUGCUGAAGGAUCUGAUGCUGCAAAACAGCAACACUCAUUCCAAACUGCUGCUACGAGGCACUGAGUCAACGGUGGAGAAACUGCUGACCAACUGGAUGUCCAUAUGCCUUUAUGGCUUCCUGCGGGAAAGUGUCGGCCAGCACCUGUUCCUGAUGGUGAGCGCUCUCAUGCAGCAGAUCAAAAAAGGACCUGUGGACUGUGUGACAGAGAAGGCUCUGUACACACUCAGUGAGGACUGGCUGCUGUGGCAGGCUCAGGACUUCAGCUCCCUGAAGCUGAAGGUGCUGUUUGCUGUGGGCAGUGACGGGGAGCUCAGCGAGCCUCUGGAGGUCAACAGUCUGAGCUGCGACACAGUGGAGCAGGUCAAGGAGAAAAUCCUGUCCACCUUCAGGAGCAAGUUCGGUUUCCCCUUCAACAUUCCCCUCAGUGACGUCUGUAUCGAGUACGAGAGGGACGGAUGUUUUGUUCCUCUCGAGGAAGUGGAUAGAAGCUCUGAGGUUAUCGGGGAGGUGACGAUGCUCAACACACUGAAGCACUACAAGGUUCCCGAUGGAGCGACGAUCAAAGUGCUUCAGAGGAAAAGUCAUCCUCCUCUGAGUCCACAGGGAAGUGUGAAGGAUGAUGAGAACUUCUCUAGAAAAUACUUCCACUUGAUUGAUCCUGAUGUGGACGAGGACCAAAGGAAGGACCCAGAGAGGAAGAAGUUAAAACUGAAGGAAGUGCACCUCACCAAGCUGCUGUCCACCAAGGUGGCAGUGCAUUCGUUUGUGGAGAACCUGUUUAAGUCCAUCUGGGGGUUGACGCACGGCAGAGCUCCACACGCCAUCAAAUACUUCUUUGACUUCCUGGACGCUCAGGCGGCCGACAUGAAGAUCACGGAUCCGGAGGUGUUGCACAUCUGGAAGACCAACAGUUUACCUCUGCGCUUCUGGAUCAACAUCCUGAAAAACCCGCAGUUUGUUUUCGACAUGGAGAAAACGCCACAGCUCGACGGCUGCUUGUCCGUCAUCGCUCAGGCCUUCAUGGACUCCUUCUCCCUCACCGAGUUCCAGCUGGGGAAGCACACGCCGACCAACAAGCUCCUGUACGCCAAAGACAUUCCCAGGUUCAAACAGGAAGUGAGGGCUUACUACAAGCAGAUCAGAGAGCAGUCAGUAAUCACAGAGUCCGAGUUCAAGAGCUUCCUGCGGGAGGAGUCAAAGAAACACGACAAUGAAUUCAACGAAACGGCAGCCCUCAGAGAGCUCUACAAAUUCAUCCAGAGCUACUUCACAGAGAUUAAAGACAAGUUGAACGAGAACGGCGCCCCUACCGAGCUGACGGAGCAACUGCAUCAUGCGAAAACGCAGUUUGACGGACUGAAGAGCUGCUCGUGGAGCUGAGCUGCCUGAGCCACGACAGGAAGGUGGCGGGAGCCGGUAACCGUCAUGUUUGUGUGUUAAGUAGUAAUUGUCAGGGACACGCAUCCUGUCUGUAGUUCAUUUGUGAUGAGCAUUUAGUUGUUAAAAAUUCAUUGUGUAGGAUUUAGGGCCAUCUAGCAGUGAGGGUGGAGAUUGCUACCAACAGAAUCCCCUGUGUUACUGUAAGCAUGCAGAAGAAGCUCCGGUGGUCUGUGGGUGACCAAAAAGCACUAUGCUAUGACCUAUUAAGCAGCGACGAUUCAGGUGAUUGUAGAAGGAUCCAAAGAUAUUUAUGAAAAUGAUUGUCUAUUUAAGGUGAAUGGCCAUAGAUUGCCCUAAACCCUCCACAAAGAAUCUUUAACUGUUGCGAUAUCAACUUAAAUACACAAAGUCAAAAGUGUCACAAAAAGUGUUUAUCGGUAAAUCAUUGUCUUUUAUCAAUAUCAUUCAUGUAAAACAGGGUGGAUGUGACAUCAACAGUCGGUAUAAACAUUGUAAUUCACAGCCUGGAGUGUGUUCAACCUUUGUAUCAACUCUGUGACUCGAGAGCAAAAGUAUAAAAACAUCAAAUCCUGAGGUGGAUUGAAAAAGGUGCCGCGGCAUUUCACCAUCACAGUAGCGAGACGUGUAAAUGCAUCAAUAAACUUUCAAAGUAUUUAGUAAAAAAAAA